AGCGACAGGCCACUGUGCAACAUUAAUGGCUCAUCUCUAUCUCCGUCACCGAGAGAGGCCUCUGCAGAUAGAUUGAUUGGAUAGAGCAGCUGUCUGACAAGUGGACGUAAGCCACAGCGCGGGUUGGACUCAUUGAGUCUGCGCUAACAGAAAAAGAGGAGGUUCCCGAAUAGAGUCCUUUAUUUAUUUCUUUGUUUCCAGUGGGGAAAAAAAGAAUAACAGCGACAUAUACCGCAGGCACUUCAUUUAUUAUCGUUGUCCGUAUACACAAGAAAACUGGAUAAGAUUACAGUCGUUACUCGAAGGCCAAAGCCAAGGGGAGGAGGAUGAAGCGGCGCAAUGCGGACUGCAGCAAACUCCGACGGCCGUUAAAACGGAACCGAAUCACUGAGGGUAUAUACGGCAGUACCUUCCUGUACCUGAAGUUCCUGGUGGUGUGGGCACUGGUGCUACUGGCAGACUUUGUACUGGAGUUCAGGUUUGAAUACCUCUGGCCAUUCUGGCUCUUCAUCCGGAGUGUGUACGACUCUUUUAGAUACCAGGGGCUGGCCUUCUCAGUAUUCUUUGUGUGCGUUGCGUUUACCUCGGACAUCAUUUGCCUCCUCUUCAUCCCAGUGCAAUGGCUAUUCUUUGCUGCCAGUACCUAUGUGUGGGUGCAGUAUGUUUGGCACACAGAGAGAGGCGUCUGUCUGCCCACUGUGUCUCUAUGGAUACUAUUUGUGUACAUAGAGGCAGCCAUCAGAUUCAAAGACCUGAAGAACUUCCAUGUGGACUUGUGUCGUCCCUUUGCUGCACACUGUAUUGGCUACCCAGUGGUCACGCUGGGCUUUGGCUUCAAGAGCUAUGUAAGCUAUAAGAUGCGUCUCCGGAAGCAGAAGGAGGUGCAGAAGGAAAAUGAGUUUUAUAUGCAGCUCCUGCAGCAGGCUCUGCCUCCAGAGCAACAGAUGCUUCAGAGGCAAGAGCGAGAAGCAGAAGAAGCAGCAGCAGCAGCUAAAGGAAUAUCUGAAGUGGACACACCUCCAGUGUCACAGAAUGGCGCCCCAGCCAAUAAAAAGACAUCGGCACCACUGCCGGAGUUAGAGUAUAGAGAAAAAGGGAAAGAGGGAAGGGGUGGCGGGGAGGCUAAAAAGCAGCACAACAGCAUCUUGCCAUCAUCAGUGGACUCUAAACUCCAGGAGAUGGAGUAUAUGGAGAACCAUAUGAACAACAAGAGACUGACCACAGAGCUGGGCAGCACAGAGAACCUGUUGCUUAAAGAGGACAACAAUUCCUCCUGCUCAUCCUCAUCCUCCUCCUCCUCCAAAAACUACAAAAAUGCUAGCAGCAAUGCCGCAACACUCAACUCCUCACCCCGUGGCCAUAGUGCUACCAACGGCAGCGUGCCCUCCUCUGUACCAUCAUCUUCCUCUUCCACGGGGAAGAACGACAAGAAGCACAAGUUAGCAGUGGGGAAGGGGACCUCAGGUGGCUCCCACAGGGAUCCCACAGACAACUGUAUUCCCAACAACCAGCUGAGCAAACCAGAAGCACUUGUUAGAUUGGAGCAGGAUGUUAAGAAGUUGAAGGCAGACCUGCAGGCCAGCCGGCAGGUUGAGCAGGAUCUGCGCAGCCAGAUUGGCUCGCUGGGCAGCGCUGAGCGCUCCAUACGCACUGAGCUGGGCCAACUGCGCCAGGAAAAUGAGCUGCUGCAGAACAAGCUCCAUAAUGCUGUGCAGGCAAAGCAAAAGGACAAACAGGCUGUGGGCCAACUGGAGAAGAGGCUCAAAGCAGAGCAGGAGGCUCGAGCCAGCGCAGAGAAACAACUUGCAGAUGAAAAGAAGCGAAAGAAGUUAGAGGAGGCCACAGCAGCCAGAGCAGUAGCACUAGCAGCAGCAUCCAGAGGGGAGUGCACAGACACGCUGCGGCGGCGGAUCACUGAAUUAGAAACCGAGUGUAAGAAACUAACAAUGGACAUCAAGCUAAAGGAGGACCAGAUCAGAGAGCUUGAAUUGAAAGUUCAGGAGCUUCAUAAAUAUAAGGAGAAUGAAAAAGACACAGAGGUGCUGAUGUCAGCGCUGUCAGCCAUGCAGGACAAGACCCAGCACCUGGAAAACAGCCUGAGUGCAGAGACCAGGAUCAAACUGGACCUCUUCUCUGCGCUGGGAGACGCCAAGAGACAGCUGGAGAUAGCACAAGGUCAGAUCCUGCAGAAGGACCAGGAGAUAAAAGAUCUGAAGCAGAAGAUAGCCGAAGUGAUGGCCGUCAUGCCCAGCAUCUCCUACACAGCCGACACCAGCAGCAUGACCCCUGUGGCUCCCCACUACUCCUCCAAGUUCAUGGACACCAAUCCCUCCGGCCUAGACCCCAACGCCUCCAUUUACCAGCCACUCAAAAAGUGAACACUUCGUCCCACCCCUCGCCUCCCUCAAUCCUCCCAUCAUUUUUUUCCCCCGCAGGCCCAUCACCUUCUAAUCUGCUCGGCAUGUCUGCGGCUGAGAACGUUGUUUUUCUUGGGUUUUUAUUUUUCUCCUCGCCAGGUCAGAAGGAUGUUGUAUUGUGUGACUGUAUUUGUUGUAGUUAAAACAAAAGACAAAAAAAACUUAAAACGGACAUCACGUCAACUAGGAAGUCCCAAUUUUUUUUUUCUCUUAAGUGUCUAGUGAAACCUCACAGAAUCGGGUAUGUAUCUUCAUCUCAAGGGUGUUGCUCUGCCUUUCCCACCGCCACUGCAACCAUCUGCAACCAGUUACCUGCUCUUUGGUCCUGGGGAAUAGCUGCUUUAUUAUUUUAGGUUGAUUUUUCCCUCCUAAAAAUUGGAAAACAAAGUUCUCCUUUAUCAUACAGCCUUUCUUGUAAUCCAAAUUUCUUUGACCAAUUGUUUUCUCCCAAGGUAGUAUGGUAACAUCUGUACAACCAGAGGAAUGUAGUGCAAAGUUGGCACAGACUCUCGUCCCUGUUGUGUUUAUUUUAUAAGACGCCAAAUCAACCCUGCUCUCAGCUGCUUUGGGUUUUGGUGGUAAAUAGUUUUUAAAGUAUAUUGUGUGGAUCUAUUUGUUCAUUCUUUAUGAUUCAAGUGUUGAUUUCAAUAGGCUGGAAGUGUUGAUUGCAACAAGUUUGAAAAGAUCUUCUUUUGUAAGCAGGAACAUAGACCUUUAAAAAGAAAAGAACCCAAGCAGCUCCUAAUGAGUUUUUGAGUUGAAGAAAGUGCGGUAAGUCUGCAAGUGGGCCGGCUUCUCGGUUCUCUGCACAGUCUUUCAUCAGUUGUCAUGAUCACAGUGCCUUGAGUUGAGGACAUAGAGUGAGUUUGAGGAUGAGAUACGGCCCAACCCUUCUGAAUUAGUGGUGAAGCAUCUGGCUAAGCUGGAAAGGAUAAGAAGUUGACCUGGCCUAGUGAAGUGGGACAAAGUUGGGACACCGAUGUGGGUUUUUGGACUCCCUACUGAUAUCCCAACUGGUAGGGAAGCUGAUCCAUCCACUCAAGGGCAGCUUUGACCCUUAUGUUAGUCACAUUCAACAGAUACAUUGGACAGCAACAAAUCCAAUACUUUUCAUUAUACUCCUGUUUGCCUAUUGUCAGUAUGUUGACAUGAUGUUAUCCUCCAGACUCUACUGCACACAGGUCUCCGGCUUGUCACAUGUCCACUCACAGAAGCUCAUCUCUACUGCUGUUAAACUCCAAAUCCCUCGGUUUAACUGCUGCCCUCCCUUCCUUUUUGAUUUCCAGUUUAAAGUUGCACUGUAGAAAACACGCUGUUUGAAAGGGAAAACUGUAAAGACGGACUGUGUAAUGUAAACAAAGCUUUGAAAAAAAGCCAACUUUAAUAUAACAGUUAAAUAAUUUUAUUUAAUUAAUCCUCUACUUCAGUUUGAGUGCCAAGACUGGAAUGCUUGUUCCUCUAGUAAUGUGUAAGAAUGUACUGCAAAUACAUUGGCGGACAUGUUUGUCAAAUAUCCAGUUGAAUAUCACUUAAUGGCAGUUUCUGUUAAGCAGGUAGAGAGAGUGGUCACCUGUUUGUAGUAGACUGUGUAGUUUAAAGUAAGGGACUAGAAAGUCAAGUUUCUUUUUGUGAAUGUUACAGUAUUUGCAACUGUUGGGCAAGUGGCUGUUUAAAGCAGUUUUCCUUAUUCCUGUUUCUGGUGUUAUUGUUGUUUUUCCUGCAGGGAGAAAAUCGCUAGAGUCUGAUAUGGUUUCACCAUCAUCUGAAAUGGUCAUUGUUGUGCGUGUGGUUUUCACCUAAUGUAAAUGGAGAAGCUUUUUUUCGCUCAGAUUGCUGUCAUUGGCUCCUGGAAAAAAAAAUGUUGUGAAAAUUGCAGUUUAGUCAGUUGUUUGGUCAACUGAUUGUUGAAAGUAUAGAGAAGUGUUUUGUUUGUUUUUUGUUUUCUAUGCCCGCAGUCACUGCUCUGUUUCUCCCCAGGUCUGACCUUGGCUGUGCUCUCGCUCUGUGAGGUUUACAAGGAAUAAACAUUUUUUUCUUGCAAAUUGA